AUGCCUAGGAACGUCACGCUAGGUAAGUCAUAUUUGCACCUUCGACAUUUGCACAACUGUAUGCUGCAGUAGACAUGAAGGUGUCGGGUUCGUCGGGUCGGAUGGGGAUGUGCAAGCUGACUAGAAGCCCGUCAACGGUUCUUGGUGUCGAUCAUUAUCAUCAUCAGGGAUGUUCGUAAUAGACGAAUUCAAGUACCUGGACGAACGCGGACAAGAAGACCUCGGUCGGCAGAGCUCGGAACAGAUCGGAGGAGCGGGGACGUACUACUCGGUCGGAGCUCGGAUACACCUUCCAGCGGAUCAAGUGGGGCAGGUCGUCCAUCUGGGGAAUGUCUUCCCUUUUCUUGACAACACCACCAGCGGCUCCUCUUCGUCAACAUCUCCUCCGGCUUCUGGAUCUUCUUCUGGUUCUACCGCGUUGAACGAGGAUACCAAUUCCACCCCUACCAACUCCACCUCCGAGACCCCCACGUCCGAUACCAAUAUCUAUAUCGAUAUCACCUCCAAGCCUCUUAAACCCAAACAAGGCGAUAACUUGAACACCAAAGCAAAACCAAAAGCAGAAAUAGAAGCAGAAACAGAAGCAACAAACCCAAACCCAAAAAACGCAGCAGACGAACCCACCCAAUCCACCCUCGAAACCUACGGACCCGAAAUGUGGGAAUUCUUGCAGCGAGGCGAUAUCGAUGGACGGGGGACGACACGCGCUUUGAAUAUAUUCAAGGUUGGGGGGGAGGCUAGAGAUUUCCGGUUCCUCACGCCCCCCAUCCGGAUCUACCCGCAGGAUAUUUUUGACUCGCCCCGGUUCUUCUCGAAAUCGAAAGAGGAUAGGAAUUGUCGGCCUUGUUCCGUACACUUUCCAUCGGCCCCGACGAGGACUAGGGAGAUCUUGCAACAGAUCGAUAGGAUCGAUGAAGAGUUGCGACAAGGGACUGCGGGGCAGGAAGAUGAGGGGUGGGAUCCGGAGUUGAUCUGGGAACCGUUUCCUAUGAACUGCACACAUCGGGAAUGGCCCGAGCAUGCCGCCCUGUUGCCCCGGAUGACCGUCUUUUCGCCCAACCAUGUCGAGUCGCUCGCACUGCUAGGGAAGAUCCCGAGUCCGUAUACGAGCGACGAGGAGCUGGAGGGGUUGUUGGGCGAGUGGGGGAGGGUGGACGAGGUGUUGGAAGAGGUGGGGAAGGAGCUGUUGAGGGUCAUGUUGGAAGGUGGAAGCGGGUCUACUCGGCAUCGAGGAUGGGAGAGAGGUGUGGUCAUCCGGUGCGGGUCCAAGGGGUGUUUGUUGUUCACUGCCAACGGGAUCGCCGGACUUCCAGCUUAUUACACCGAGUCCACGGAGGAUCAAGGGCAAGUCGUGGACGUUACCGGAGGGGGAAAUGCUUUUCUCGGUGGGUUGGUGGCGGGACUAGCGAGUCGUCCGGGAAUGACACUGGUCGAAGCCGCCUGCUACGGAAGCGUGUCGGCAUCGUUCACGAUUCAGCAAGCUGGACUGCCGGUCCUCACAAAGCGAGACGGCGUGGAGAUGUGGAACGGAGAGACGUCCGAGCACAGGCUGCGUGCGUUUUGCAAACGUCAUGGUUUUCCCGUCGGCGAUCCAUACAAUGCGGAGGCACAAUCGUUGUGGGCACCAAGAUAAUACUUCUAGUCGAGAA